AUGUCUCGCUACGCCGCUGCCCACGCCAACCCCCAAGGUCCAGGCGACCAGCGCCCAACGGCACUCCAAAUCGUCCACGACAACGGACUCGAAGGCAAGCUCACCGGCAAGGUGGCCGUGAUAACCGGCGGGUCUGGCGGCCUCGGGGUUGAAGUCGUUCGCGCCCUCGCAGUGACAGGAGCAACGCUCUACCUGACCGCGCGCGACAUUGCCAAAGCCGAAAAAGCCCUCGGCGACGUCCUCGACAAAGACCGCAUGCACCUCAUCCAGAUGGACCACACCUCGCUAGCAAGUGUCCGCGAAGCUGCCGCGAGUAUCCUCGAAAAGACCCCGACAGGCAUCAACCUCCUCAUCUGCAACGCAGCGGUGAUGUGUCUCCCAACCCGCGAAGUGACCAGCGACGGCUACGAAGCCCAAUUCCAAACCAACCACCUGUCCCACUUCCUCCUCUUCAGCCUCCUGAAACCCGCCCUGCUAGCCGGCGCCGCGGCCUCGCCCACCUUCCACUCGCGCGUCGUGACGGUCGCUGCAUCGGGCCACCGCGCACACGGCCUCAACGCCUCGGACAACUACAACUUCGAGAAAGGCGGGUAUCAGCCCUGGGAUGCAUACGGGCAGUCCAAGACCGCCAACAUCUACAUGGCGAAUGAGAUUGAGAGGCGAUUCGGAGCGAGUGGGUUGCACGGGUUGAGUCUGCAUCCCGGGAUCAUCUAUACGCCGCUCUCGCGGUUUGUCACGAAGGAGCAGGUUGAUGCUAUGAUGGCUGAUGAGAAUGUUCUGCGGGGGGUGAAGAAUGUCGAGCAGGGGGCUGCGACGAUUCUGUAUGCGGCGGUCGAUAGGGAGUGGGAGGGAAAGGGGGGGAGGUAUUUGAUUGAUUGUGGGGAGGCGGCGCGUGGGGAGGAUAAUGGCGAGGUUGCGGAAUUGACGUAUGUGAGCCAUACGUAUGAUCAGGAGGCGGAGGGGAGGCUGUGGAGGGAUUCGGAGGAGAUGGUUGGGCUUGUUGGUGACCGCGAUGUCUAA